GGGUGGGUCGGUGCUGCCCACACCACUGGCCCGAAACGUCACUGCUCGUCCUCGGCCCUGGAUGGAUGGAUGGAUGGACGAGCAGUGACGGCGGUUGGGACACUUCAUACGACCAACACAUCUGCAGACACAACAAAUCCAUGCCACGAGAUCUUGUAUCGGUUCCUCAAUUGUCCAUACGCACACACACAGAUGUCAGUCAGCUGUGCACAUCACAACAUCACGUCAACGGGCCAAAAUGACACACACACACACACACAGGCACCAUGGUGUCUCUCUCUCUCUGGCCAGACCCCGAUCAACUAAUUCGUAGCUACCGCCCGUCUGCCUCCCCGGCCGAUGGGCGCCGCUCGUGUGUCACAUGCGGCUUUCGUGUUGGCGACUGUAGUGGUGAUUAAACGGAUGUCACCCUCUCCGGGCUGCAAACACGACAACAUGCCCACAUGCUUUCUUUCAGAAAGGUCAUUCGUUGUCGAUAUGUCUGUCUGUCUGUCUGUGUGUGGUAUGUUCACAGCUGUGAACGAGAUAGCUACCGGCAGUCCAGAUGGCCGAGGCACUUGCAGCCCUUCAUGCCACAGGGCUGGCCCUUGCUGCCUUUACCGCACUUGAAGUCGAAGGCGGUGCACCCUGUGGACAAACAUACGCACACACACACACACACACACACAUCUCGAUGUCUUGUGUGUGUUUGUGUGGGUCGUGUCGUGCUGUCCUUCCUCGACGUAAGCUAGCUUAUAUCGCGUAGCUUAUGCGGCUUUCCCGGCCUGAGGACAUACAUGCAACACACGCCACAUGCAGACACACACAGACAUGUUUGUGUGAAGGGGUAUACAGCUAUACAGGCGUACCCGCAUCUGUUGGGUCCCCAGCAGUAGCACGUUUGCACCUUCCCCUCGCCGAGGUCCGUGCCCCGGCCACACUCCUUGAACUCGCCAUCGGGCCCCAUGAAAUCCCCCGCAGGACACAGGUGACCCUUAUCGAUGCAGGCUGACACAACAUCACACACAGACAGACAGACAAGGCGACACAGACAGGUCUGUGGGAUCGUCUUGUUUCAUCGUUUUUUGUCGACAAGCAGCACAAGCUUACGCUCUUGGUCUGAGCCUGGUUCUGGUGCCUUGGCCCUCUCGGCCGCUAGCUUCUGCCGGCGCCUCUGGGCCUCCUUCGCGGCCAGCUCCUGCUGACGCUGCUCCUCUUUCUGCCGCUGCCAAGCCGCCGCCGCCGCCGCCGCCGCCGUCGCUAUGAUGAUACCACACACACACACACACAAACACACACACUCAUCCAUGUGGUCAUGUCCUAUGGAUUGACUUACCGGCAUACACAAUUGGCUGGUGGUCACUGUCUGUUGCAUCAGCCCGGGUCUUGGCCAUGAGGUUCAUCAUCUGCCGCUCGGCGCUGUCGAUGGUCUCUAGUGCUAUCUUGCCCAUUUCCUCGGCUGUCUGGCCCAUCACGAGGGAGGUCUCGCGCAUCGUCCUGGCCAUCUCGUUGGCUGCCUCGUGCAUCUUGAGGGACAUCUGGUUCAUUGCCGCAGCCCCCGCCAUCAUGCUGCGGCCCAUCUCCACCUGCUGCUGCACCAACGACAGCACACCUGCACACGCGCAUACGUCCAUCCAUCCCAAUGCGCAGAUCUGGCCGUGAAUUACAGUACACCUACGCGCGACGUACCUUCGCGGGCCCUAUCGAAUUCCGCACCAGCGCCGGGUGUGGCGAGAAUGACAGCCAGCACGAAGCAAAGCGCGGUGCGCUUCAUGGUGG